UAAAUGCAAGCUGGCCAAACCUGCUAUUAAUUUUAAGACUACAAUCAUUAUCAUGUGGGUGUUGCCUUGGAAGAUGCGUUUGCUUUUAUGGGGUUAAUUUAUCAAAUAGUGUGGUCUUGUUCUUUAACAAAUAUUGUGUUCACACGGUGUAAGUUUCCGUUGUCAAAUCAUUUGAAUUUUGUGGAACUUUGAGUUGAUAAUGAAUCAUGACCAAUUGAUUCUCCUUCACUGAAAUCUCUUUCCAUCUUCAGUUCUCUUCUCUCAAUCAUUCAGAAACCACUCAAAAAUUCCUUCUCUCACAAACCUCUCUGAACCCAUAUCCUUCGAUUUCUUCAGUUGUACCUUACUUGCCCUGCUACUUUCGCUCUUUUGCUUUCUUUAUUUCAAAUUUUAUUUUUGCCAAUUUCCGAUUCUCUUUAUUUUUGAAAAAAAAUUCUGUUUCAAUAUUUCUCAUUUCAUAAGAAAAAAAAAAUCUUGCAUUCAGUUUUUUCUCGUUUACUAGAAUUUUUUUCACGUUUCUCUUAUUUAUUAUUAAUUUCGACAAUUGUGUUUACUCUUGUUCUGUGAUUUUUUUUCAUUUGCUGUACUUCUCAUCUGUUUUUCAAACUUGAAAAAAAAAAAACUUUUUAAAAAUGGUUGAUGUUGCCGGAAGUAUUGGGGGUGUGUUGAGUCCUGUCCUUGAAGUUGGCAAGUGGUUGGCUGUUCCAAUUUGGCGUCAAUUCAAGUACUUGUACAACCACAGUACCAAUUUCAAAAAGCUGGAAAACAAAGUUAAGGAGAUGACGAAUACAAGAGACGAAGUUCAGCGUAAGGUUACUGUUGCUGAAAGAAAUGUGGAAGAGAUCACACCGAAAGUUAAGGAUUGGCUGAAGGAUUUGGAGAAGACAAUUACAGAAGCAGAGCAGUUGAUUCAAGAGAGAGCAAACAACCCUCGAUGUUUUAAGGGAUUGUGGUCCAACUACAAACAAAGCAAGAAAGCUUUCAAAUUAAUCCGCGAUGAUAUUGAUCUACUCCUCCAGCAAGAAAAGGAAUUCGGUGAAAUUUCCUUUGCUACUAUUCCACAAGAUAUCCGGCUUGUAACUAGUGAAGAUUAUUUGGUACUCGAAUCAAGAACCUCGAUUACGAAGAAUGUAUGGGAUGCAUUAAAUGAUGAGAAUGUGUACAUGAUUGGUGUUUAUGGGAUGGGCGGUAUUGGGAAGACCACUCUUGUGCAGAAAGUUGGUGGGGAAGCGAAGAAAUUAUUUGAGGACAUUGUUUUUGUUGAGGUAACACAAAAUUUGGAUAUAAAAAAGUUCAAACAGAAAUUGCAGACAAGUUAGGCGUAAAAUUCAGUAACGAGACUGAAAGAGCAGAUAAGUUAUAUGAGAGAUUGGGGAACGGCAAGAAGAUCCUUUUAAUUUUAGACAAUAUUUGGAAAGAUUUUGAUCUCAAGACUAUCGGUAUUCCUUCUAAAGCGGAUCAUGGAGGAUGUAAACUAAUGUUCACAGCAAGAGACUUAGAUGUAUUGGAGAAGAUGGGUUCUAUAAAUAAUUUCAAGAUGGGCAUUUUAGCAGAAAAAGAAGCUUGGGACCUAUUUGCCAAUAUGGCAGGUGAUGUUGUUCAAACAAGUGAACUGAAUUCUCUAGCGAAUGAUGUAUGCAAGCAAUGCAAAGGAUUGCCUGUCGUUAUUUGUGCUAUAGCUAAAGCUUUAAAAACCAAGACUCGUCCAUCCAAGUGGAAAGCAGCCUUAAGAGAAUUGAGAGCUCCUUCACCAUCCAAGUUUGAAGGAUU